GCAUUCGCUCCCCGACCCCGUCGUCUCCCGCGCCUUCCGCGCCUUCCAGCUGCAGCUUGCGAGUAGCGUGCGCUGACUGACCUCCGCACCGCUCCGGCUGUGACUCUCCACCGCCUGCCGACCGACACAGACACACACCAGCCGUCUGGUGUCGAGGCAAUGGUCAAGAUGCGGAUUCCAAUCCGUGAACAGCUGGGAUGUCUGGUCCUGCUGGCGUCCAUGAUCGGCUUGGCCGUCGUUGCUGUUGCAACCUGGGUCACGAACCACAACUUCGUGCUCAACAUCAGGUCAACGCGACUCAACUUGACUGCCUCGCUCAAGGCAGCCCAGGUGUCGUCGAAUCUAAACCUCAUGCAGAUUGUCGUUGCCCAAGCUUCGAAGCGCCUUUCUCCGCAGACUGCUCUGCAACGCUACUACAACGGGAACACCUCGAACGAUGUGUGGAGUCGAACGCGCGAAGACUACGAUGCUAUCUUCACAGGGGACAUGAUGAACCGCAUUGCUAUCCAGGCUCGGAUCUACCCCAGGAACACGUCCAACCAGAUUCUUUUCAGUCGCACUGCCAACACCAUGUUUGGUGUGCAGUUGCCCUUCAACAACGCCAACGGUCAACCAGCAGAAUUGGGCGACGAAGCCUUCGGCUAUGUUCCAGAGCUGUACCCUAGGUUCAACGUCAGAACAAUACCCUACAACUCAACCUUUAAUACAUACGAAGGCGAAUUCGAGGGAAGAACUAUCAACAACGCCAGCUACUUGUUCUCUGGGCCGUACAGAGUCAACGACACCCUCAGUCUGGUGUCAAUCACUUUACCGAUCAUUAACAAUACAUCGAGUAUUGAAACCCUCGGCUGGCUGACGGCUGUGCUGGACGCUUCGCUCCUGACUAAUGUCAUCAAUCAAUUGGAGGGUCUGGGUGACAGUGGUCUAACGAUGCUCUUUGGACCUGAUAACGCCACCAAUCACUUCCCAGCCGGAUACCUCUACAAGGACCCAAAUCCCGACCCACCCGAAAACGCUCAAGUACGUUUUCUGGUCCCUCCUACGGUCAGAGACAGCGUCAAAAGGCACGGGAAUCACGUCGUUGGACUCGAUCUACCUCCAUUCGAUUGGACCGAAUUCCCUGCUAUCAAGACAGCCUAUAGCGUAAAUACUGGGGCCACCAACAAUGCCGGAAGUAUCAUCUCUACACGCAACGAAGAGGGUGAUGAUGUUGCAAUUGGCUAUGGUGUGGUCAACAGUCCAAUGGUCGACUGGGUUGUUAUUGUUGAGCAGACUCAUGGCGAAGUGUGGGCACCUAUCUACCAACUGCGAAACGUCAUCAUUGCCUGUGUGUUUGGCACCAUGGGUGCCAUGCUGAUUCUCACCUUCCCAAUCGCGCAUUAUUCAAGUCGCCCUAUUCGACGCUUGCGAGACGCUACGACGAAGACAGUUUCACCCCAUCUUUUCGAAGAUGAUGUAAGCCUGAGUUCCGGCAACGAUGGUGCGAACGAUGAUCACGAUGAAGUCCUCGCGCGCAAAGAAGGUUUCUUUGGCCAGAUUAUCCAUUUUAGGCGGAAUCAAAAUGCCAACAAAGCCGAAAAAAGGGAAGCCGAAAGAAGACGGCAGUUUCGCAUUCCUGGGAAGGUCAAGGACCGCAAGCACCUGAUCCACGAUGAGCUGACCGACUUGACUACAACAUUCAACGAGAUGACCGACGAGCUCAUGAUGCAGUACGAGAGGCUAGAAGAGAGAGUGCAGCAGCGCACAGCUGAGUUGAAUGAGAGCAAAAAAGCCGCCGAAGCUGCAAACGAGAGCAAGACCUUGUUUAUCGCCAAUAUCUCGCACGAACUUAAGACUCCGCUUAAUGGCAUCUUGGGUAUGUGCGCAGUCUGCAUGUCUGAAGACGAUCCCGUGAAGCUCAGAAGAUCCCUUGGUAUCAUCUACAAGAGUGGCGAUCUCCUUCUAAAUCUUCUGACGGAUCUUCUGACAUUCAGUAAGAACCAGGUUGGGCAGCAGCUGAGUCUGGAUGAAAAGGAGUUUAGAUUGCGUGACAUUAGCUCACAAGUUUUGGCUAUCUUCGACAAACAAGCGAAAGAGGGCGGUAUCAACCUCAACGUGCGCUUCGAGGGACCUUACGACGCCAACUUGAACGACGAUGGACGACCAACCAACGCUGGCGAUCUGGGACCCUUCGGACUUGGACGGCUCAAGGACAUGAUCCUCUACGGAGACCAACAUCGAAUCCUACAGGUGGUGAUCAAUCUCGUGUCGAACAGUCUCAAGUUCACACCUCAAGGUGGCAACGUCACGAUGACCAUACGCUGUACUGGAGAAGCGCAUAUGACCGAUAGUAGAAAAGCUUCACUGGCUUCUAGGCAAAGUUCAGCGAGAAAUUCGAAGAACCGCUUCAGGGCGACAAGUUCGGAAGUCGGAUCAAUGUCAACCACAACUCCAAAUGGCUUCGCAACGGCGAAUCACAUCAACGCACUUGAGAAACCAACCGCCUAUUCACACAUUAUGAUUUCGGAUCGGGCAGCCACACCCCCACCUGGACGAUGGUUAUCUUUCGAAUUUGAGGUCGAGGAUACCGGACCUGGUAUCCCUGAAGACAUUCACGCCAAGAUCUUCGAGCCCUUUGUGCAAGGUGAUUUAGGUCUUAGCAAGAAAUACGGCGGAACUGGUCUGGGAUUGAGCAUUUGCUCGCAGCUGGCUACCUUAAUGAAGGGUACUGUUGGGUUGAAGAGUGAGGUUGGCCAUGGUAGCGUCUUCACCAUGUCAAUACCGCUCAAGCACCUCUCGAGUCGCGCCGACAGUACAGCAAGCUCGCAAGUGGACCCCACCUCGCGAAGGAACUCUUCUGUCGACGAGCCCCGUGCUACCUCACGGGAGGAUGCCCGUUCCGUUCGCUCGGGGCACUCGACCAGAAAUGCACCCAGUCCUGUUCCUGUCGUUAACGUGAACGCAAACGUGGCUGCUGCUGGAACAACUGCAGGGCCGGUCGCAUUUGAGCAAGACUCGCAACCCCGCUUGGUUGGCUUGAGCCAGCCCUUUUUUGCGUCAAAUGCUCCCUUAGAGUCGCCGAACUCACAAGCAGCAGCGAUGCAGCGUGUGGAGGCUGAAGCUACUAAGGGUGGCAAAAAGAUCAAGGUCCUUGUGGCAGAAGACAACACGACCAAUCAGAUCGUGGUUAUGCGUAUGCUCAAGCUAGAGGAUGUGUACGACGUAACAGUGGCGAAAGAUGGUCAAGAAGCUCUCGACAGGGUCAAAGAGAGUAUGGAGGCAGGGGAACCGUACAACCUGAUCUUUAUGGACGUACAGAUGCCGAACAUGGAUGGCUUAGACUCAACAAGAUUGAUUCGACAGUCUGGGUUCAGCGCCCCUAUCGUCGCCCUGACCGCCUACGCUGAAGAGUCUAACGUUAAGCAAUGUAUGGAGUCUGGAAUGGACUUCUUCUUGUCAAAACCCAUCCGACGCCCCGCGCUAAAACACGUUCUAAAGACCUACUGUCCACCCAUCGAAGAAGAAGACGAAGGCGGAGACAGAACGCCACCCAAAAAUUCUCCCAAUCCAGCGGCACCCGCACCGAUAAACACGUCUGCUAGUCAACCAAGAGGACCCUUCUCCUUAAUAGCUGGGACGAAGGAGCACAUCGAUUCACCCGCGAUAUCACCAGGCACUGCCUAAUUUCCCUCAAUUUCCCUUCCUACAGUCGUUUGGUUCAAUACCCUAUGAUUUUGUAAUGCAUGGCGCACGAUUUUCGUUACC